UUCGAAGCCAGCACACAGAAGCUACUACAAGAAUUAUUUCUGUGAAAAAAUAAAAUAUUUUCAAAACAAAAAAGUCUGUGGCAAAGCAAAACUAAAAAAGUGAAAUAAAAAAAUAUUAAACGCGAUUAGCUGCUGAUUAAAGAUUUGUGUUAAGUCUUAAAACAAAUUACAAAAAAAAAUUCAGAAAAUUGAAAAAUAAGAAAAAUUAAGAGAAAUUUGAUAUACUUCUUUUAAAAUAAAAUUUAAAGAGAGAAAAAUAAAGUGAAAAAAUUGCAAGCCAAUUUCAUCUGUAAUUUUAAAAUGCUUACUAUUUAAUCUGCUAUUUAUUGCUGAAGCACAAAAAAGUUACUAAGUGUAUUAAAAAAAUUAUAAUCCGCGCGAAUUAUUGCAAAGUAAUUAAAAAAAAAAAUAAAAAAGAGAAAAAGUGGGGAAUUUAAAUUUCCAACGCUUACGUUCAUUAAUUGAUCUUACUUUUGUCGUGCGGCUUAAUUAACUAACGCGGAUUGACGCGUGUCAAGUCGAGUGCAACGCUUUUCUCCCCCUCGCGCGCUCGAGUUGGUAAAAAAAAAACAAAAAAAAAAUAAAAAAUACAAAAUAAAGAAGUAUUUUUACGCCGCCUGUUUAAAAUAAAUAGCAGCGACAGCAAAACUCGUAAAAAACAACAACAAAAAAGGCGUAAAUCCGUCGAUUCAGACAGUUUACAGUUUUCAGUUUCCCGCCGCCGCCACCGACAGUGUGGCAGUCAACAAAUCGUAGCGCCCGAACCUGCAGCAGCAACAAAAUGCCUGGUGGUAGCGGUGGUGGCAGUGGCUACGAAGAGGUGGCCGCCGCCAGACGUGGUCGCUUUCAUGUGACCUCAACGACAGCGCAAGGACCACCAGAGACGACCUUCGGACGUUUUCGUCUAAUGCCCACAUCUAAUUAUGGUGCAAUUUCGCCCAUAUUGCAACGUGGGCGUUUCGCUGUCAUCCCCGAGGAACCGCAAGGUUCACCGGCGCAGGGCACACCACCAACAGAACGUUCGGUACGUUCACCCUCGCCGGAAUGGGAUUUCGACAUUGAACAGCCCAAAUCGAACACAUCGCAUCAACGGAUUGAUUUGACUGCUUCGUUAGAUUCACCGUAA